AUGGAGGAGUUUCAGGGGCCACAAGUGUUUAACCAUUAUGCGAAAGAAAGACCAGUGACAACAAACCAGACAUAUGGUUUUUUCUAUCGCGAGCUCGAAAAAGAGUCAGAAGAACGAGAAAAAAACUACUUACAAAGGUGUCAACCUCCUGAAAAAUUGAAAGAGUUGACUCCACCAACCGCAUUCAGAAAGGAAGAUUUUGUUCUUGGCAAAAAAGUAGACUAUUUUGUGGCUCCACAACUAAAGGAUUAUCGAGAAGAGUGUCCUAUAUCCAAGGGUACUUCAGAUGUUCCGGACAAUCGUCUGACGAAGAUAAAAGGUAUUCAACUUUGGCACGGAUACACAGGAGCGUUAGUGAAUGUGAAACCUUGUUGA